CAAUGUGCAUUUCAAACACAGACGAGUGAAGUUUUAAAUUAUUUGGCAAUCGUUUUUUGUUAUGUUCUAUUAACUCUUUUUUAUUUGCUAAAACAAGUGACAAUGGCACACUCCAAACACCAUCAAAAACUGCUCUCGCUAACCUCGCUCUUUCGCUUGCUCUCAUUUCCCCAUGUCUCUCACAAGAAUAGCAACGCAAGGAAGGAACUGGGAACAAUGCUCGCGACACAGCAACAACAACAACCACAGCCCGGCAACAGCAGCAGCAGCAGCAGCAGCAGCAACAACAGCAAUAACAUAGCCGCCGCCACUCACACAAAGAUGAACAGCAACACCAACACAGACAUUGUUGUGGAGAUGGAGCGGAAGCGAAGAGAGUCGACAACAUCAGAAUCCUCUCUCGAGCAUCUCGACCUCGGUCGUACGCCAAAGAAGCUCAGCGGCAGCGCCGGUGCCGCUCAGUCGACAUCGACGCCACACGAGGUGGCAGCGACGUCGCGCAAGCGUAAGCUGCGUCAGCUGCAGCAGCAGCACCACCUUCAGCAAAGUCGAUCGGAUCUUCUCACUGAUGAGGACGAGGAUGAGGAUGAAGCACGUCCCCUGAAUCGGCACAAGCAGCGACGCGGUGCCGCCGGUCAGGGAUCCUCCUCCUCCGCCUCCGCCUCCAUUGUGGUGGACUACUCUGCCGGCGAUGCCAGUUCGCUGCGCAAAAAGUUCCGUCUCAAUCGCUCGGCAGCGAGUCUCUCGGAAUCGGGAUUCGUGGACGCCAGCAGCACUGCCCACAGUGGCUAUCUGGGGAACAAUAGCAGCAGCGCCAGCACAAGUCUGGCAGUGCCCACUGUUCCCGCAUCUGCCGUCGGUGGAGCAGCGGCCUCAGCGUCGAGUAGCAGCACCAGCUCCAGCAGUAAUAGCAGCAGCAUUGGCGGCGGUUCCGGUGGCUCCUCACCGCAGGGUCUGUGCCUCUCCAGCGGCGAGUCGGGCAUCGGUGCGGGUGAUGAGCAUAUGAAAUACCUGUGCCCCAUCUGCGAGGUGGUCUCUGCCACGCCGCACGAGUUCACCAAUCACAUUCGAUGCCACAACUAUGCUAAUGGAGACACGGAGAACUUCACCUGCCGCAUCUGCUCCAAGGUGUUAUCUUCUGCCUCAUCUCUGGACAGGCACGUGCUAGUGCAUACGGGCGAGCGGCCGUUCAACUGUCGCUACUGCCACCUGACCUUCACCACCAACGGCAAUAUGCAUCGUCAUAUGCGCACUCACAAGCAGCACCAGACGGUGCAGUCCCAGUCCCAAUCCCAGUCUCAAGCCCAGCUGCAGCGCCGUCAACAGCAGCAGCAACAGCAACAGCAGCAGCAGCAGACACAUCCCGCCCAGCAGCAGCAACAGCAGCAGACGCUGGCCAGCAGCUCCUUGCCCGUACGGGCGGAGAGCUAUGAAAGCGAUGCCAGCUGCUCCACGGAUGUGUCCAGCGGUAAUAGUCGCAGUCGCAGCAGUAGCUCCCUUCACAACAACAACAACAACUCCCACAAGGCAACCAACAACAACAGGAACAGCAAGCAUGAGCUGGAUGAGUUGGAGGAGCAAGAGCUGGAGGAUAACAAGCAGCAACUGCAACGUCGUCUAAAAACAACCAUCAACAACAAUGUCAUCGAUGCGGAGAAUCAUGCGGAGGAGGAUCUGCACGGCGAGGAGGAGGACGCAGAUGAUGUGGCCAUGCUCACAAGCACACCCGAUGUGGCCACAUUGCUGGCAGGAGCCAGUGCCUCUGGUGCUGCCUCCCGUUCACCCUCACCCUCGCCACCCGGCUCACCUGGCCUGCUCCUGAGUUGUCCCGCCUGCGGAGCCUCUGAUUUCGAAACCCUGCCUGCUCUGUGCGCCCAUCUGGAUGCCCGGCAUUCCGAUAUACCGGCCAAGUGUCGGGAUUGUGAGGUGAUCUUUGCAAGCCACCGCCAGUUGCAGGCACACUGCUGCAGGGGAUCCUCUUUGGGAGUGGGACUGCCGCCUAUGCUGGGCGCCAGCAGUUCGCCGCUGCAUGCCGAUGAGGAUGCCGAAGAUGAGGAGGAGGCGGAUCACGAAGAUGAUGAGGAAAUGGAGCAAAAGCGUGAUGAUUUCUUCCACAAGCUGUACCUCAAGGGAACAUCGGGUGCAGCGGGUGGCAACGGUGUUGGCGGCAUUAUCUCUCACCCGCCGUCCCCAAUUAAGCACGAGCCGGCGGAUAGCAAGGAUCUGGCCGAUAUACAGAGUAUCCUGAACAUGACCAGCUCCAGCUGCACCAGCAGCUUUCUGCGCAACUUUGAGCAGUCGGUGAACACGCCCAGCUCCAGCCAAUACAGUUUGGAUGGGCGUGAUCAGGAGGAGGAGGCCCAGGAUGCCUUCACCUCGGAAUUCCGCCGGAUGAAGCUGCGCGGUGAGUUCCCCUGCAAGCUUUGCACUGCUGUUUUUCCGAAUCUACGGGCUCUCAAGGGUCACAACCGGGUUCACCUUGGUUCGGUUGGACCUGCGGGACCCUUCCGUUGCAACAUGUGUCCUUACGCCGUCUGCGAUAAGGCGGCUCUGGUGCGCCACAUGCGAACUCACAAUGGUGACCGUCCGUACGAGUGUGCCGUCUGCAACUAUGCCUUCACCACCAAGGCCAACUGUGAGCGCCAUUUGAGGAAUCGGCAUGGCAAGACCAGCCGCGAGGAGGUUAAGCGUGCCAUCGUCUACCAUCCGGCCGAGGACGCCGGCUGUGAGGACAGCAAGUCGCGUCUGGGUGAGGAUCUGGCUGAUAUGAGCUUCCGCUCUAUAAGUCCAACGCCGCCACCACCACCGCCACCAAUUGCUGAGAGCAGCAGCUCCCAGCUGAAGCACAUGCUCUUGGGCGAGCAGCAGCAUCAUAAUCAUCAUCAUCCCGUGGCACCAGCUCAGCCGCCGUUAAAGAUUCAGGUAAAGAGCCUGGACCAACUGGUGGACAAGAAACCGACGACAGUUCAACAGCCGGAGAAGAGCUCCUCUGCCUUGGACUUUAGCAUGGAUGUGUUGGAUCUCAGCAAGAAGCCAACGGGUGCAGCAACUACACCCACACCUACCCCUACGCCCUCACUCACGCCAGCACCCCUCGGUGCGCCUGCAGUGGUCACUCCGACUGCCGACCUGGCCGCCGCUUUGGAGCAACAGCAAUUGCUCCUGGCACAGCAGCAACUCUUUGGCGGUGCCGGUGACGCCUCCCAGUACAUGCAGCAGUUGUUCCGCAGCCUUAUGUUCCAGUCCCAGACGCCGGGCUUCUCCUUCUUCCCAUUCAUGGCGCCACCGCCGCCGGAGGUGAAUCAAGAGAAGCCGCCACUGGUGAGUCCUCCAUCCCGGAUGAACCCAUUGCCCGUGGGCGUUGGUGUGCCAGUGCCGCCCGGCGGACCCGUCAAAAUGGUCAUCAAGAACGGUGUGCUGAUGCCCAAGCAGAAGCAGCGUCGCUAUCGCACCGAACGUCCCUUCGCCUGCGAGCACUGCUCCGCCCGGUUCACGCUGCGUUCCAAUAUGGAGCGACAUGUGAAGCAACAGCAUCCACAGUUCUAUGCCCAGCGACAGCGCAGUGGUCACCAUGUGAUGAGGGGCAGAGGAGCGUCGAAUGCCGCCGCUGCUGCUGCUGCCGCUGCCGCUGCAGCGGUUGCCAUGGGUCCAGCUGGAGGAUCAUCCCAUCAUCAUGGUCACACCCACACUCACGGCCACAAUCACAGUCACAACCAUGGCCAUGGACAUGGUCAUGCUCCCAUCUCCGAGCAGGUGAAAUAUGCCAUUUUGGCGCAGCAGCUGAAGGCGCACAAGAACACCGAUCUUCUGCAGCAGGCCUUGGCCCAUGGCUCUAGCAGUGUGGCGGGCAAUCCCCUCCUGCACUUUGGCUAUCCACUGGGCCCUGCGCCUGGUGCUUCGCUUGUGAGCAGUCAGGGAAACGGGCAGACGCCCAUGACCAUUGACGAUGAUGAGCCCAAACUGAUCAUCGAUGAGGAUGAGAACGAGCAUGACCAUGAAGGGGAGCCGGAAGAUGUGGAUGACUACGAGGACGAGGAAGAUGAGGAGGAGGACGAGCCCGAAGAUGAGCCGGAGGUGAUUCUAGACGAACCGCAAGACGUAGCUGUCGUGGAAAAGGAGGAAGCGCCGGAGGAGGAGGAAGAGGAUGAGCUACCCAAGCCCCUGGAGCAGCUUAGCACAAUGUCCAACUCCAACCCCAGUCAAAACGAGGCUGCCCAGAAGAUGGCAGAGACCAUCCUGGAGCAGGCCAUCAAGGCUGGCAAGCAGCCAGCUGCGACUUCGACUCCGCCGUCCGAUGCGGCUUCUUCGGUUCAGGAGGAGAAUCCUCCAACAGCUGUAACUCCACCUGCUGCCAUGCAGGAACCCAGCAGUAAUCCCAGCAGCCUGAAGACCAUGAUUGCACAGGCCGAAUCCGUUGGCAAGUCGUUGAAGGAGGUGGCCAGUUCACCGUUUAAGGACGAUUCACAGGACUUGGUGCCGGUGGCCAAGCUGGUGGACAAUGCCACCAGCCAGAAUAUGAGUUUCAACAGCUACUUCCGGCCCAGCGAUGUGGCCAAUCACAUGGAGCAGAGCGACGAGGAGGGCCUGGUGGCCUCUGGCAGUGCCAGCGAGAGCAACAACAGCGGCACAGAGGAUGUCACCAGCUCCAGUUCGAGCAGCGAGCCAAAGAAGAAGUCCGCCUACAGUCUGGCCCCGAAUCGCGUCUCCUGUCCAUACUGUCAGCGCAUGUUCCCGUGGAGCAGCUCCUUGCGCCGCCACAUCCUCACCCACACCGGUCAGAAGCCCUUCAAGUGCUCCCACUGCCCGCUGCUCUUCACCACCAAGAGCAACUGCGAUCGGCAUCUGUUGCGCAAGCAUGGUAAUGUCGAGUCCGCCAUGUCGGUCUAUGUGCCCACCGAGGAUGUUAGUGAGCCGAUACCAGUGCCCAAGUCCGUGGAGGAGAUCGAACUGGAGGAGCAGCGUCGUCGCCAGGAAGCGGAGCGCGAAAGAGAGCGUGAACUGGAGCGCGAACGGGAGCUAGAGCGCGAACGUGAACUGGAACGGGAACGUGAACUGGAGAAGGAGAAGGAGCGAGAACGACAGCAGCUCAUCCAUAAGCUGGCCGCCCAGAUGAGUGCCGCUGCAGCAGCUGCUGCGGCCGCUGCCGCUGUCUCAUGUGCCUCGCCGGGUAAUGGAUCCUCGGCCGGAGCUGGAGUUGGAGCCGGAGGUGAUCUUUCGGCCGGCGGUGAUCUGCCCUACAAGUGCCACUUGUGCGAGGGCUCCUUUGCCGAGCGCCUGCAAUGCCUGGAGCACAUCAAGCAGACGCAUGCCCAUGAGUUUGCCCUGCUUCUGGCCAAGGGAGCCAUUGAGAAUGAGUCGCUGCACUCCACCGACUCAUCAAACACCCAGCAGCAGCAGUCACAGCACCAACACUCGGACGAUGAGGCCACCAAUGGCCUGGGCCGUGGCAAAUAUCCGGAUUAUAGCAACCGUAAGGUCAUCUGCGCCUUCUGUGUGCGCCGGUUCUGGUCCACCGAGGAUCUACGGCGCCACAUGCGCACCCAUUCCGGCGAGAGGCCCUUCCAGUGCGACUUCUGCCUGCGCAAGUUCACCCUCAAGCACAGCAUGCUGCGCCACAUGAAGAAGCACAGUGGACGGGCCCACAAUGGCUCCGAUUGUUCCGACGAUGAGCAGGCAUUGAGCAGUCCGCCUGGUACACCAGCUCCCUCUCCAAUGCCGCUUCCCUCCAGCGCCAAUAACAACAACAGCUGCCAGAAUAAUAACAACAAUAAUAAUAAUAAUAAUAGCAAUAAUAAUAAUAACAAUAACAACAAUAAGCUCGGCAUGAAGCUACCCAAGCUGCACGAGCUACUGGACAAGGCGAACGAGUGGCGAGCGAGUCGGCUGGGCGAGCACAAGGAGAACCUGGGCGAGGCAACCCCAUCGGGAGCAGCGGCAGCCGGUUCGGAUCUGAUUGGAAACCUUUUGGGGAUCAGCGAUCAAGGCAUACUCAACAAGCUGCUGUCCUCCGCCGAUGAGGCGGCCAAGCUUCUGGGCGUGGACAACAAGUGAGGAGUGAGAAGGAGUCAGUAUCUAGAGCCAUAUAUUCCGGGGAAGGACGAGACGGAAGACGCAGACGAAGCAGUUUUUACCGCCUUACUUAUGUAUACCAAAGCUUAAAUAGUUUUCAGUAAUUUGUAGUCUUAAAAAACAAAAAGAAACAAAGUUUUAACAUU